AUGUUAGAGCUUCAUGCCUUCCUAAUUCAACGGCAGCGAAGAACCUUCAUCAGAUUCCUUCCCCUCCCCGUCUUUAACGUUUUCAGCUUCCUUCCUGUAUUUCUUCGAUUUCACUUUCCUUCUACUCUUCUUCCUCUUCCACAUUUGCUCACGCCUAUUAAGACUCCCACGUGCCCACGCGUCUCCUACACACAGACAAAUGGAACCUCUGUAAUUUUUCUUUCUUUCUUUCUUUCUUUCUUUCUUUCUUUCUUUCUUUCUGUUAAUUUUUUCUCUCUCGUUAAAUUUCUUUCAUUCUUUCUUUCAUCUUCUCUCCUCCGUGAAUUUUUUAGUUUCUUUCUUUUUAUCGUGCUUUUAUCUUUCCUUCCCUUCAAUAUCUUUGAAUUUCUCUCUCUUUUUGAAUUUCUUUCAUUUUUUCUUUUACAUUUCCGCCCUAUAAUUCAAUUUAAUUUCUUUCUUUCUUUCUUUCUUUCUUUCUUUCUUCUAAUUUCCCUCUCUCCUUCAGUUUCUUCGUUCAUUCUUUCAUCUUAUCUCCUUCUUGAAUUCUUCAGUUUCUUUCUUUCUUUUCCCACUCUUUCAUUCCUUUUUCUUAAUAUUCCCACACUUUUUCUUUCUUUCUUUCUUUCUUUCUUUCUUUCUUUCUUUCUUUCUUUCUUUCUUUCUUUCUCCUCAAUUCCACAUUCAUUUUCCUUCUUUCUUCUUUUGAUCACCCCCUCUCUUCUUGAGUUUCUUUCGUCCUUAGUUUAUCUUUCUUCCUCUUCAAGUAUAUUUGAAUUCCUUUCUUUCUCACAGUUCCCUUUUAUCUGUUGGCGUAAUAUAAAAAUAUCUAUCUGUCGCAGUCUCUUUCUAACUAUCUAUCUAUCUAUCUAUCUAUCUAUCUAUCUAUCUAUCUAUCUGUUGGUUUUAGCGUGGUCGUAUGCACCUCUUAAGAUAAAGUGUAUAUCGAGCCGAGUGACUGAAGCGAAGAAAAUACAUGAUUACUUUUCUUUGCGGUUAAUGUUAACAGACAAACGCUCGUCGUCAGCCGAAUAUAGAAUGGCUGUCCUGAGAAGGAAAGAUGGUUGGUUUACUAAUGGGAGAUAA